CUUCAGUUGAGUUUGCCACUUCCCUUACCACUCCCUUUCCUGUGAGAGGAUGUGCUCAGCCGCUUUUCUCUUUCUCUCUUCUUUUCUCCCCCACCUCCCUGCCCGCAGACUGGCGGUCCUGGCGAUGCCGUGCACCCCCUGAGCCAGCCGGGGUCACCCUGGCUGGUGCCAUGGCCAGGCUGCAGGCUCCAUCCAGGAGGUGGCAGGGACAUUAGCCAGGGGGUCUCACAGCUCACCCACGGGCUGGGAGGAGCUGAGAGUGGCAGAACAGCCCCUGAAGCACGACCCAACGCCGCCCACCGUGUAUGAGGCUGGGACACAGUACGCAGGACCCGCGUCCGCAGAGUCACUCCUUCCGAUGUCCCGGCAUGAGACUUCUCCGACAACGGUGCAACCCGCCAGCAACCACCGCCCCAACGCCUGCUGCUUCUGCUGGUGCUGCUGCUGCAGCUGCUCGUGGAACGAGGACCGAGAGCGAGCAUGGAGGGCAUCCCGGGAGACCAAACUGGAGAGAAUCCCAAACUGUGAAGCGUGUGCCAAACCCACGCCAGAGGAGGUGCAGGGCUGGGCACAGUCCUUCGACAAGCUGAUGAAGAGCCCGGCGGGGCGCAACGUCUUCCGGGAGUUUUUGCGGACUGAGUACAGCGAGGAGAACAUGCUCUUCUGGCUGGCAUGUGAGGAGCUCAAAACCGAGUGCAACAAGCAGACCAUCGACGAGAAGGCCAGGAUGAUCUACGAGGACUACAUCUCCAUCCUCUCUCCCAAAGAGGUGAGCCUGGACUCGCGGGUGCGGGAGGUCAUCAACCGGAAGAUGCAGGAGCCGUCCUCGCACACCUUCGACGACGCACAGCUCCAGAUCUACACGCUGAUGCACAGAGACUCCUAUCCCCGCUUCCUGAACUCUGCCAUUUACAAAUCGCUGCUCCAGACCGUCUCCCACUCCUCCUCGGAGUCCUAAGGGCACCCACUAGCCGUGGGGACACCAGUGGGGACACGGUGGCCAGGGGCGGUCGGUGCCUCCUCCCCUCUGCUGCCCACCUUGCCAGACCUCACCAAGUUUUUAGCUUUUUACCUAUGAACUGUCACCCCAGUGUCUGGGCCACACUCCAGGACUGUCCCCAGGACACAGCCUGGGCCAGUUCAUACUACUGAUUCUCUGCCCCAUCCCCAGCACUGGCCAGAGGGAGCUGGGGGAGCACGGGACAGCGCCCAGCCCUGGCUCCCCCCACACCCUGUUUGGAAGAGGUCACUUUAUCCCAUCUCCACCACACCUGGGGACACGGCACGUCCCCAUUUGCCACCUGAGACCCAGUUGGGGACUGGGUUGGGGGUUUUUUGAGGUGGGGGAGAGGUCAACUGUUGUUGGUUUGGGUUUGUUUUUUGGGUUUUUUUUUUAAUUUUAAAUGCUCUUUUGGUUGGCUUUUACUGGGGGACUCGAGGUGCGGGAGGGGGGGGUUGAUGAGCAUCUCUGUACAUAUAAAAACUUGUCAGGUUUA